GUGUAAUAGAUCUCCAGAACUUAUUCAUCCUAACUAAAAGGUUGUACUUUUUUCUUUAGACGGAGUUUCACUCUCAUUGCCCAGGCUGGAGUGCAAAGGUGCCAUCUUGGCUCACUGCAAUCUCUGCCUCCCAGGUUCAAGUGAUUCUCCUGCCUCAGCCUCCCAAGUAGCUGGGAUUAUAGGCAUGCACCAUCAUGCCUGGAUAAUUUUGUAUAUUUAGUAGAGACGGGGUUUCACCAUGUUGGUCAUGCUGUUCUCGAACUCCUGACCUCAAGUUAUCUGCCCACCUCAGUCUCCCAAAGUGGGAUUACAUGCAUGAGCCACUGCACCUGGCCAAAUGUUAUACUCUUUAACCAACAUCUCCUCAUUUUCCCCGAACCCUCAGCCCCUGGCGACCACCAUUCUAGUCUCUGAUUCUAUGACUUUGACUUUUUUAGAUUUCACUUACAAGAUCACAGAGUAUGUGUCUUUCUGUACCUGGCUUACUUCACUAAGCAAAAUGUCCUCCAGGUUCAUUCAUGUUUAGCAAAUAAUGGUAUUUCCCUUUUCAAGGCUAAAUCAUAUUCUUGUGUGUGUGUGUUUGUGUAUGUGUAUACUGUAUAUACAUGUUAUGUAUAUGAUUUUCUUUAACCACAUUUUAAAAUCUACAUUUUCUUUAUUCAUUGGCUAUUGUGAAUGAUGCUGCAAUGAUCAAGGGAGUAUAGAUGUCUCUUCAACAUAGUGAUUUCAUACCCUUUGGAUAUAUACCCAGAAGUGGGAUUGCUAGAUCAUAUAAUUGUUCUAUUUUUAAUAUUUUUAAAACUCUGAAACUACUUUUUGGAUAUUCUUGAUUUAAGCAAAUGAGUAAAUACAUUUUGAAUAACAGAACUGGGUUUCUUUUUUAAAAUUUUUUCUUUUUUUUCCUUCUUAGAAGUAGGUUUCUCACUGCUAGAGAAAAGUAGAUACAAAUAUGGAACAUGCAAAAGCUAGAAUGAAUCUUGGAGUAUUGGAUUGAACUUUGAGCAUGUCUAAUAAUAUUCAGAUUUUGGUUCCUAAAAACUAUUUUCCUUUAUAAGGAAACAGGCCUCAUUGAGAAAUGACUGGUUCUAGGACUGGGUCAGAAUAAGUACAAGAUAAGAAUGGAAAUUUCUUUCUUUCCUUUUUUUUUUUUUUGAUGCAGAGUCUCACUUUGUUGCCCAGGCUGUAGUGCAAUGGCACGAUUUUGACUCACUGCAACCUCCGCCUCCCAGGUUCAAGCAAAUUCUCCUGUCUCAGCCUUCCGAGUAGCUGAGAUUAUAGGCACGCACCACCAGGCCCAGCUAAUUUUUUUGUAUUUUUAGUAGAGAUGGGUUUUAACCAUGUUGGCCAGCCUGGUCUCGAACUCCUGACCUCGUGAUCCGCCUGCCUUGGCCUCCCAAAGGGUGGGAUUACAGCCGUGAGCCACUGUGCCUGGCCUAAGACUGGAAAUUUCUUGAGCCACAAAUUAAGAUAGUACUCAAGGGGAGUGAACCAAGAGCUUAGCAACCAACAUGAGCCUCCUCGACAAGCCCAAGAGUGAGAUGACCCCGGAAAAGCUGCAGAAGCGAGAGGAGGAGGAAUUUAACAAGGGUCCACUCUUUGUGCUCACUCAGUCCGUCAAGAACAACACCCAAGUGCUCAUAAACUGCCACAACAAUAAGAAACUCCUGGGCCACGUGAAGGCCUUGGAUAGGCACUGCAACAUGGUGCUGGAGAACAUGAAGGAGAUGUGGACUGAGGUACCCAAGAGUGGCAAGGGCAAGAAGAAGUCCAAGCUAGUCAAGGAAGACUGCUACAUCUCCAAGAUGUUCCUGCAUGGGGACUCAGUCAUCGUGGUCCUGUGGAAUCCGCUUAUCGCCAGCAAGUAGGAACCACCUAUCCCCAUCAGUCAACAGAACUCACUCCCCUAUCCUACAGAGACCACUGCCCCUGGUGUUGAGGAUAAUAAAGCUCUGUGUUUUUUUCUAAAAAAAAAAAGAAAAUACUCAAAAACAGAAGAAGAAAAAGACAUGAAAAGGACACAAAAUCUGCUAGAAGAGACUUUCAGUUGCCCCAAAUCUGAGAUGAUUUGAGUAUCAAAAUAAGAAAAGAUAGAAACAGAUUAUAACUCACUGAAUGAAAGGAGAAUCAAUGAGUCCAUACUUAAAUAAGUAUUUGAGUGAGAAGGGAAACCUCCUUAUACUAGAAUGGCAACUGGUACAUGUUGAAGAAAUGGCAGAAUUAGAAAUCACCAUUUGGAAACUAUUAUUGUAAUAAUUUACGAUCUAAUCAUCAGCAGAUGAUAAAACUAGUGGAUAAAAGUUUGAUAUGUAAUGUGACAUUUAUAUAACUAAAGUAUCUCUUUGGAGACAUUAAUUGUAAAGGGAAAAGUAGUUAUUUUAGAAAUGUGGUAGUCAUCACCUUGACGAAGUGACCGAAGUUAAUAUCUUCAGUAAUGGGAGAAAUUAACAUCAAUCAUUUCCUGAUGGGAUACAUGGAGGCGAAAAUAACAUCACUUCAGGAAUAUUCCUGCCAAAUAUAUAUAUCUUGAAUCUAAUAAUGAGGAAACAUCAGAAAAACCCAAACUGAGAAACUGAGAAAUUAUUCAAAGUAUAAUUGGUUUUUACUAAUCAGAAACAUCAAGGUUAUAGAAGAUAAAUAAUGACUGACCUACUAUUAAGAUGAAAGCAAACAUGACAUGACUCGAGUCAGUAUGUGACCCAGGUUUUUAUUUUACUAUAAAGGAUAUUACUUUGACAACUAAAGAAAUUCGAGCUAGUGUGGAUUAGCUAAGACUAUUGCAUUGAUGCGAAUUGCUGAUUUCGAUAACUGUGCUAUAGUCGUUAAGAGAAUAUAUAUUUCUGUUUUUGGACCCUGGGGUUUUAGAACAUUAAAGUGUUAAGGAUUUCACAUCUGCAACUUACUUCCAAACAGUAUAUAGAAAGAAAUAACGUGUAUACAUAUAUAGAGAGAGGAUGAUGAAACAUGUGGCAAGAUGUUAAAAUUCAGGGAAUCUGAUUGAAAAGUAUGCAGGAAUUCUUUAUAUUUGUCUUGCAACUUUUCUGUAUAUCUCAAAUUACAUCAAAGAAUGUUUAGAAAACUAAGAUGAUGGCUGGGUGCAGUGUCUUACGCCUGUAAUCCCAGCACUUUGGGAGGCCGAGGUUGUGGGGGAUCACCUGAAGUCGGGAGUUCGAGACUAGCUUGACCAAUGUGGUGAAACCCGUCUCUCCUAAAAAUACAAAAUUAGCCGGGCAUGGUGGUGCAUGACUGUAAUCCCAGCCACUCAGGAGGCCAAGGCAGGAGAAUCGCUUGAACUCAGGGAUUGCAGGUAGCCGGGAUUGUGCCACUGCACUCCAGCCUGGGUGACAGAGCAAGACUCCGUCUCCGUCUAAAAAAAAAAAAAAAAAAAAAAAAAAAAAAGAAGUUAUCUGAAUGAUCACAAAAUGCCUUGGACUGAGGGGUUUCCUGGGAUAAAGAAUGAACCUUCAGUUUUAAAGCUGGGACAGGUCUGGCAAACUGAGGCAUGAGACACCCUAGCACAUGACUGGCUUAUGUUUCAAAGGAACACUCUAAUUUGUGGACAAAAUGAUGUCAUAGCUUUGUUUUAAAAUAAUCCAGCCAGGAGAAGGUAUAGUGGAGGAUGUAGUUGAAAAAAGAUUGGCCAUAUGUUAAUUAAUGUUGUGAUGGGUAGUGGAACUCAUUAUAUUAUUCUACAUUUGCAGUUUGAAAGUUCAAGAAGAUAAAAAUAAAAGGAUGAUUCUGAUUGUUUUGUGGAGAAUGGUUUGCAAGGGUUAGGACUAAGAGAUAAGAGGCUAGAGCGGUAGUUUAGGAGACGUGAUCAUGGCUUGGAUGAGUCAGGUAAGGGUGGAGGUGGUGAAAAUCUGGGAUAUAUUUUGUAUAUAGAGCAAUGGAAGGGAUGUCAGAUUUGUGAAGAAGUGUGGAUUUAGAACUUUUAAUAUGUAGAGGUCAGCAGAGAGGUUGGCAAAGGAGAUUUCAAGAAAGCAGUCGGUGAAGGGAGACAAACCAGUGAUUGUUAGGUCAGUGAAAACUAUGAGUCAAGGAGAAAUCUGGACAACCAUGUGAAGCGACAAGGAGAAAUUAAAUGAAAUAAGGUGAGAUCGUUGAAUCUUGGGGCAAAAACUGAACUGGAGAGAGAUGGGAGAGAGGCAAAAUGG